AUUUGAAUAAUGUUAUCAAUAUUAGCUGAUUGUUUUGGAAUGGUAACACCGUUGUCGUUUGUUUGGCUUUCACAUGUCAUUCAGGAUUGAUUUUCAUUGUUUAUAUUUACGAUAAUUGUUUGUAACUUACAUUGAUUCUUUCCUCGCUUCCUAUUAUUUUAAAACGUAUUUUAAUAUGAGUGAUUAUGAAUCGGAUGACGAAAAAUCUCAAUUUGAGAAAUUGAAAUAUGCUACUGUUCCAAAAGGAAUGUCUGUCAGCGGAUGGGAUGAUGACGAAGACGAUUUGGUAGAAGAAGACAGUAACCCAACAGCAACUUUGGACCGAUAUAUACUUUGGGCUGUAAAUGCAAAUAAUAUUGAAGAAACUACGAAAAUCUUGAAUUUGGAUGGUAAAGCUGUGUUCGCCAAGGAUGACGAUGGUUACACUCCUCUACAUAGGACAUGCUAUAAUAAUUUUAUUGGCAUCACGAAACUCUUACUUCAAUAUAAUGCUGAUAUAAAUGCAAAAACUCAACUUGGAUGGACACCAUUACAUUCUGCGUGCAAAUGGAAUAAUGCAGACUGCGUUUCAAUAUUGUUGCAACAUAAUGCAGAUGUUAAUGUACAAUCUGAAGGACUCCAAACCCCCUUGCAUAUUGCAGCCACUGUAUCCAGUUGUAGAAGCACUGCGUUAUUGUUGUUAAUGGAUGUUAAUAUUAAUAACGACUUACUUAACAAUUCGGAAGAUACGGCACAACAGAUUGCAAAACGAAGCGGUAUGACGUAUCCAAUAUUUGAAAUGGGAAAUCCUGCAUAUAGAGUAGAAACUGGUUUUAUUGAGUAGUAUUAAAUAUAAAAAUAAAUUUACAAAUAAAAACUAUUUUGCCAAUUCGGUACAA